AUGGAUGAUUUCGGAGAUAAUUUUGUCCAGCCCGAGGUAGAUCCUGCAGCAGAUUUUCUUGCCCGGGAACAAAAUCAAUUAGCAGGCCUCGAAGAUGAAUUGGAAACAAGUGCGCCGCCCCCAAUUGCUGCUCUGUCUUCUAAUGGCUUAGAAGAUUUUGUGGAAGUCCCAAGUGCAGCAGUUUUUGAAGCAAAUGGCCUUAUUGAUGCGGAGCCUGCUCCUGUCCCAGUUUUCCGACAAGAGCGAGAGGAGCCAGAAAAGAUUAGGAUAUGGCGAGAGGAACAAAAGAAAAGGUUAACAGAGAAAGACGAGGAAGAGGAAAGAAAAAAGGAGGAAAUGUUGAAGAUUGCCAAAAAGGAAUUAGAAGACUGGUAUAAGACCCAUGAAGAACAAAUUGCUAAAACCAAAGCUGCUAACAGGGAGUCUGCUAAGAAUGCAGAACGUGCAUUGGCACGCGGCUCCGAAAGUGGCUCCACUGAGGGCAGCGAAUGGGCGCGCGUCGCAGAGCUUUGCGACUUCGGCCCUCGGCGAGGUCGAGACGUCGCCCGUCUACGUUCCAUCGUCCUCCAACUCAAACAAGCCGGAGUCAGGCCUAAGUGCCCACCGCGCGCCACUAAAGUGGCU